GUCCGGCAGCAAUGCCUAGCCCGUUUAAAACAAAUAAGGAAUAAAGUUCCGAUCCCGCGCUCGUGAUAGAAAAUAUCUCAUUCUCAUCAGUAAUGCUGUUUGUUUCAUGCGUCUCCAGGAAGACCGUAAACAACACGGGGGAAAAGUGUGCAGGGCAACGGAAACGGGGCGGCGGAUGUGAAGCGGUGCUGCCAAAUGAAUAAGAUAUGAACUCGUCUCUCUACCCAGUCUGGCAACAGCACGGAGAGAAAUGCGCGACGCCGAGAAAGAUGUGGCGGACGUGAUUUAAAAAGGCCACAGAGGAAAAGAGCGAACGGUUUUUUUGUUUUUGUUUUUGUUUUUUCAAAGGGAGGUGUCGCUUUGACCGGAGGUUGGAUUACCGAGAGGCAGCGGCGCAGCGCACGGGCUCUGGAGGGCCGGAUCCCGCUCGGAAGCCGGCGGAGGGGUCGGUGGCGGCCGAGCCGUAUGGGGGUCCGUCGUCCAUCAUUGAGCGACUCGUCCGGGGGCUCUUUUGGCACGAAGAUGGGGGUUGCUAACAACGCUUGAGUCCCUGUAGCAAAGGUCUCCAACCUUCCUCCACCCCGUCCUCCCUGUGGAUUGUAGGAUCGCCCUGUCAUCACCCCCUCCACCCUGGACAGACGAAUGGAAGAUUUCCUGGAUCGCCUUUCAUCCCUCUUUCCUCGAAUCUCUCUGCCCACAUCCCACCUCCAUCUCUUCCCCUUUUUUCGUAAUGGAUACCUGCAUGAUUUACAAAGUACUCUAGUGGCCACAAGCAAGGCAUUGCUCUGCUGUUGACUCUUACGAGUUUGUCAAAAUGGACAGGUGUUGCAGGGUACCAAGAGGGAUAAAUGAAACACAGCGACAUUCACAGUGGAAACCUGAUAUAAACGACUGAUCGAAGAAUCAGAGAGAAGGUUCAACUCCUGUAAAAACUGCCUCAUAACACCUUGAAUGAUGACUAGCAAAGCCUGGGAACGCUGAAGUGCCUUCCCCAAAGGAACGGCCAAAGAAAUGUGCUGUGAGGAAACUAAAAUCCAGACUGUUCUAUCAGCUGUUUUUUAAAGCAGAGGUGCCUUGGACAGUGCACUGCUUCCACCAUCACUCCAGUCUACCAUCUGUAUCUCCAUCCCUCCAUCAUUUUCUCUUUUUUUCUUCAUUUUGCCUUUCCAACCAUUUAGUGAUUCUUCAAUUUAGUCUGGCGAUGGCACCUAUAAGCUAACUUCCUUCCCCCCUCCUUCUCUGUUUUCUUUCUUUGUACACCCCCCUGGCUUCCACCAUUCGCCCCUCCCUUGCAACGGCCAUCCUCCCACCUCGCCCCCGCCCCCCAUCAUCUUCCCCCUCUCCCUCCAACUUCUCUGCCCCUUCCUCUCCCCACCACUACCAUCCUCAUCACCACCACAAUCCUCACUCCCAGCAGCACCAGCACCACCAUCACCACCACAAGCUCUCCCCCUCUCCCCCUCACUUUUCACCCCCUUCCUUCUCCAUUGCCUCCUACUCUGCGGUAGCCAUGGCAAUGGCUGCCACCACCUCCUCCUCUUCCUCCUCCCCGUCGUCCGCAUCGUCGGCUAACAGCAGCGCCCGGGAGCACCUGCUGGCGGUGCGUCGGCGCACCCCGCACACUCGGCCAUACACGAUUGGGCCUGACAACCUCUGCAGCCUGUCGGUGCAGGGCACAGUCGGGGCCACCUCCGGGUCCUCCUCCUCCCCUAUGUCGUCCGGGGUCCAGCCAGAAGCGGCGGGUCUGGGACUCCAGCGGGCCAAUAGUGACACGGACCUGGUGACCUCAGACAGCCGCUCAUCACUCACAGCGUCUAUGUACCAGCUGACUCUAGGUCAUGGUCAUCUGGUCAUUUCCUGGGACAUCAAGGAGGAAGUGGAUGCCACUGACUGGAUCGGCCUGUACCACAUCGAUGAGACGUGCGUGGCCAACGUCUGGGACUCCAAGAAUCGCGGCGUGAACGGCACCCAGAGAGGACAGAUCGUGUGGAGACUGGAGCCAGGACCCUACUUCAUGGAGCCGGAGACUAAGAUCUGCUUUAAAUACUAUCAUGGUGUAAGUGGAGCAUUAAGAGCAACGACACCUUGUAUCACGGUCAAGAACCCUGGAGUGUCGGCGGGCAGUGAAGGCCAAGUGGAUGAACAAUCAGGGACAGAGCUCUGUAGGAAACUUGUCAGCUUCACCCUGUCAGACAUCCGGGCGGUGGGCCUGAAGAAGGGCAUGUUCUUCAACCCAGACCCUUACCUGAAGAUGUCCAUCCAGCCUGGGAAGAGGAGUGGCCUCCCCAAAUUCACCCACCAUGGCCAGGAGAGACGAUCUUCCAUCAUAGCUAACACCACCAACCCUGUGUGGCACGGGGAGAAGUACACCUUUGUGGCUCUGUUGUCCGACGUGUUGGAGAUCGAAGUAAAAGAUAAGUUCGCCAAGAGCCGACCAAUCAUCAAGCGAUUUCUGGGGCAGCUGAUCAUCCCUGUGCAGAGACUUCUGGAGGGGCCGGCAGCGGACAAUCAGCCAGUCAGCUACAGCCUGUGUCGCCGUCUCCCUACGGACCAUGUAAGCGGGCAUCUUCGGUUCAGAGUGGACAUCACCUCCAACGGACAUGAAGAAGCCUCCCCAGACGCAGUGGGAACCAUCUUGGGUGGCGCUGUGAACGGUGACCCCGGCAGUCCCUCUGACGAUGAAGACCUCCCUCACCCCUCCUCAUCUUCCCGGGUCACAUGUGGACCUUCUCCCACAGGCUCGGACGAGGGCUCCCUGGUAGUCAACGGUACUUGUUACUAUGUGGAUGAUAGUGUGUGGCGGGAGCCUGGGCGGAUGGGAGAGGGGGAUCUGCUUCCUGUGGCUCUGGGUGGCCACACCCACCGGCAGGUGUCACUCAAUGACUACUUGGAUGCCAUUGAGGCUCCCAGGAGCCCUGGGGACCAACCUCUGGCGGGUCCUUCUCCGAAACUCCGCUGCAGCUUCCCAACGGACACGCGGCUCAAUGCCAUGCUGCACAUAGACUCGGAUGAGGAUGAGGAGACAGCGGGGCAGCACAGGGACCAAUCACAGGAGACGAUGACACAGCAGGGCACAGACUUAGCCUUAUCAAGGACAUCAGCUAGAUCUGAGUCUCCACAGGGGAACGAGAGUUCAAAAGGGGAGCCGCAGAGGCAGAAUGGAUCAGGGACUGGGCCUGGAGCUGGGGCUACAGUUGAGGCAGGCCCUUCUUCUGGUGCUCAGCCUGUAGCUGAGUCUGCAGGGGCUGAAACUGGCGCUGGGGCUGCCGAAGGUGCAGCUGGAGUUCAAACGCCGGCAGGAGCAUCAGCAGCUCCUGAGUCUGAAGCUGGGACGGGGGAGGCCGCUGGCGCAUCAGCUGAGAUGGCACAUGUCACAGGUGAAACCUCCACGGCAUCCUGCUCGUCUCUGGCGUCAGAGGCUGAGGCGGCUGCAGUCGCUGACCCGGUGGAGUCUGUGAGGGAAUGUAGCUGUCGGGAGCAGAGCAACAGGACAGGUGCAAACCAGGAAGUAGCCUGCAAUUCUGCACUUGGUCUACUUCCGCCCCUACAGGAGGUGGAGACAAGCAAAGAAGUGGCUCCAAAGGCAGAGGAGGAAGGGGCAGAGUCAUCGAGCAGCGAGGCGAACGGGCCCGUAGCAGCAGCUGCGCCUGCCAGCAGCAACACAGCUGACCAAGGAGGAGGGACUUCAGAAGCUGGGGCUCAAGCCAGUGGCGGGGACAGGCAGGAGGAGCAGGAAGAGGAGGAGGGAGGGGAGGUAUGGAGGAGGAGGCGGUCCAUGCAGUCCUCCUGCAACGUGGCCCAGAACCAGGAAGUGUGCAGGGCCAGAGAGAGUCAGAGUGGGACGAUGGGGGAGAGAGAGACAGGUGCCACGGCUCAGGUGAAUGGCCACCAGUCUGUUCGCUCCCUGCCAUCUGUCCGCCACGACAUUAGUCGUUACCAGAGAGUGGAUGAGCCGCUGCCACCCAACUGGGAGGCUCGUAUCGACAGCCAUGGGCGGAUCUUUUACGUGGACCACGUGAACAGAACCACAACUUGGCAGCGUCCCACCGCUCCCCCUGCCCCACAGACCCUCCAGAGGUCUGACUCCAUACAACAGAUGGAGCAGCUGAACCGCAGGUAUCAGAGUAUACGUAGGACAAUAACCAAUGACAGCAGGCCAGAGGACCAGCCAACCAAUGAGCUGCUGGCGGACGAGACUGACAUGCACCCCUCCAUCCCAGAGCUGCGUAGGGAAAACAGCGUGGCUCAGUCCGGUUCCAGGUCUCGCCUCACCCUGCUACUUCAGUCCCCCAGCGCGAAGUUCCUCACUAGCCCUGACUUCUUCACUGUGCUGCAUUCCAACCCUAGUGCCUACCGUAUGUUCGCCACCAAUACCUGUCUGAAGCAUAUGAUCAGCAAGGUGCGUCGGGAUGCGCACCAUUUCGAGCGCUACCAGCACAACCGGGACCUGGUGGCCUUCCUCAACAUGUUCGCCAACAAACAGCUGGAGCUGCCCCGGGGCUGGGAGAUGAAGCAUGACCACACCGGCAAGCCUUUCUUCGUGGACCAUAACUGCCGCGCCACCACCUUCAUCGACCCGCGGCUGCCUCUCCAGAGCUCUCGGCCCCCGAGCCUCCUGGCUCACCGCCAGCACUUGACCCGCCAACGCAGCCACAGUGCGGGGGAGGUCAGCUCACGGCGACUGGUAAGUGAAGACCCUCGUCAUGCCGGCCCACCCGUCUUGCCGCGGCCUUCCAGUACCUUCACCUCUGUCAGCAGGGGGCAGUGCCAAGACAUUGUGCCAGUGGCCUACAAUGACAAGAUUGUGGCGUUUCUUCGACAACCGAACAUCUUUGAGAUUUUGCAGGAGAGACAGCCUGACAUCAGCCGGAACCAUUCGCUCAGGGAGAAGGUGCAGCUGAUCCGAACAGAUGGAGUGUCAGGAUUGGCCAGGCUGUCAGGAGAUGCCGACCUCGUCAUGCUGCUAAGUCUGUUUGAAGAUGAAGUAAUGUCUUACGUGCCUCCUCACGCCUUACUUCACCCCAGCUACUGUCAGUCACCCCGGGGAUCCCCUGGCUCCUCCCCACAGAACUCACCCGGUACCCAGAGAGCUAACGCCAGAGCUCCAGCACCCUACAAGAGAGACUUUGAGGCCAAACUGCGCAACUUCUACAGGAAACUUGAAACUAAAGGAUACGGCCAAGGACCAGGCAAAUUAAAGUUGAUCAUCCGUCGUGACCAUCUGCUGGAAGAUGCCUUCAACCAGAUCAUGUGCUAUUCCCGUAAAGACCUGCAGCGCAGCAAGCUCUACGUCAGCUUUGUUGGGGAGGAGGGAUUGGACUACAGUGGGCCUUCCAGAGAGUUCUUCUUCUUGGUAUCCAGGGAGCUGUUCAACCCUUAUUAUGGUCUGUUUGAAUACUCCGCCAACGACACCUACACGGUCCAGAUCAGCCCCAUGUCCGCCUUCGUAGACAAUCACCACGAAUGGUUUCGGUUCAGUGGUCGUAUUCUGGGUCUGGCGCUAAUCCAUCAGUACCUGCUGGAUGCCUUCUUCACCAGACCCUUCUACAAAGGCCUACUGCGCAUUCCAUGUGACCUGAGCGACCUGGAGUAUCUGGAUGAGGAGUUUCACCAGUCCCUUCAGUGGACAAAGGACAACGACAUAGAGGACAUGCUGGACCUCACUUUCACUGUCAAUGAAGAGGUCUUCGGACAGAUAACAGAAAGAGAGCUGAAGCCCGGCGGAGCCAACAUCCCCGUUUCAGAGAAGAACAAGAAGGAAUACAUUGAGCGGAUGGUGAAGUGGAGAAUAGAGCGAGGAGUGGUGCAGCAGACUGAGAGCCUUGUAAGAGGCUUCUACGAGGUGGUGGAUGCCAGGUUAGUGUCGGUGUUUGACGCCAGGGAGCUGGAGCUGGUGAUUGCCGGCACUGCUGAGAUUGAUUUAUCAGACUGGAGGAACAAUACAGAGUACAGAGGAGGUUACCAUGACAACCAUAUAGUGAUCCGGUGGUUCUGGGCGGCAGUGGAGAGGUUCAACAAUGAACAGAGACUACGGCUUCUGCAGUUUGUCACCGGGACGUCCAGUAUUCCUUACGAGGGCUUCGCUUCGCUGCGAGGCAGCAACGGACCACGCAGAUUCUGUGUGGAGAAGUGGGGGAAGGUCACCUCACUGCCCAGAGCUCAUACCUGUUUCAACCGGCUGGACCUGCCCCCGUACCCGUCCUUCUCGGUGCUGCAUGAGAAGAUGCUGACCGCUGUGGAGGAGACUAGCACCUUUGGGCUGGAAUGAGACCCUUGACUGCUCAGCCCACCCCUCCAGGAUGCUGGUGGCAGUGGAAAGAGGGAGCCGUGAUAGCAACUGGAAAAGGGUUCAACAUCUGGAUUUAUACUCCAAUUUAUGGUUUGUGUUUAAUUUAUAGCGGGCUAUAUUUUAUAAGAGGGGGCUGAUAAGACAUUUGAACUAUAAAGCUGCACUCCGACCUCUUGAAACGUGUCGUGUUAUUUUUUGGUCGCACCUGCACGUGUUUCGCACCUACUUAGUAAACACACGCCUUCACCUGUGUGAUGUGACGAAUAAAGACCCACGCUGCCUUCGGGACUGGGAUCAUAACCGCGAGGAUUUGACCAAAUGAGAGACCGAGAUGUCUUUCUUUCUUUUCUUUUUCUUUUCACUUUCUCUUUGAUACCAAGAGGUUAAGGUUUAAAAUGUACAAAUCACAAGAAGCAACCACUGCCUUCACUGCAGAAGCUGAGCGGAUUCAGCCUCUUUUAUUCUAGCGUUGAUGGACCUUGACGGAUCAUAAGGCCCGUCCGGAACCUCGAGCUUCAGUGGCGCACUUGAUGUAAUACGGCGCCCUCUGUGUUGUGUUGUGAGAACUGCACUCGUGUAGAUGGUGCUCUUCUUUCUCAAAGCCCUUUGAGAGAGAGACAGUUACCUGCCUCAGGUGACGUUGGGUAACGUUUGUGGGAUUUUCCAAGUGAACUUCAACCCCACAGCUGAUUUUGGAGGCCAAACAGAAGCUUUGGUUUUGUUACAGUAUUUUCAUCUACGACAAACGUUGAUUUUUCUAAAGAUGUGGCAGUGACAUGUUGUGAUUUGAAUGUAACUAACUUUAUGAUAUAGAGUGCGGAGUGAUUUUCUACCAGAUCUGGAUCAGCUGGCAAAAAAUAUUUAGCCACCACGUCCUUGAGUUAAUAAGUCGAUGAUUAAAUUAAGUAACAUUCAACAUGUAAACAUUUCCAUUUACUUUGAUAGUAUUUGAUUGAUUUGAAACCAGCUUUGAUCCAGUUCUAUUUUCUAAAGUUUGUUGAAACUAACCCCAGUCUCAAGAUGUAUAGAUUGAAAGCUAACUGUAUCUCCGAAUAUACAAAGCAAAUUAAAUGUCCUCCCAGUAGUGGGGAAUUAUGAAAUUUCACAUGGGGUGCCAAGCGGUUUCGGCAGGCUGGCAUGGGACGGCGAUGGGUUGGGGUCCCCAAAUGAAAUUACAUAAUGCUUCUGCAGGUAAACCUCCAACGGAUAUGGACUUCGGCCUUUUGCUUUUCCUUUUUCGUUCAGCAGUCCAGUCCAGUUACUCUGACACAGCAGUCAGAAUAUGAAAGGAUCCAUCAGGAGCAAGCGAUAAAGAAGCUGCGGCCAAUCGAUGAAAUUUGAACAGUCAGUGAUUAUUUUAGACUUCCCAGUCCUAAAGCUGAAAUAUUCCUAGUCCGGAAGGGCUGUGUCUGAAAUCACUCCCUCCCUCCCUAUGUAAUGCACUAGGUUUACUACCCAUCAUUUUAUUGGAAUGUCUGAGGGUAUAAAUCUAUCCGCUAUACAGUGCCCUCAAAAUUCUGACAUUGGAAUGAAAAGCAUGUACACUACUUUCUACUAACCGUCUCAUGAUGCAAUACAUCACAUUUUAUUGACGCUGAAAUUACAGUUGUGCAACUCGACGUCCGUCAGCGAUGACAUGAAAUGCAAAAAGGUCAUUGCCAUCCCUAAAGCUACACCAUUAGCAUGGCUGAAAAUUAAGGGAUGAACGCAUCAGCUCACACGCAGCAGGCUUUGUGACAUUUGGCUAACGUUACGAUAAUGGAUAUGCUUUGAUUAUCGGUUGUGAAUUUUCUCUGUAUGCCUUGCCUGUUUCAGUGCUGAAAAUUCAUUAUUUCACCAUUACAGCGUUAGGAGCUAAAAAGCUGGAGAGGGGGGGCAGCCCCCACCUCCGCCUACCUCUAGAUCCGACCCUACACACACACACACACACACACACACACGCCCAGACCAGAGCAGAACAGAACAUUUUCACCAAGCUCGACUACAACUGCUGGUGUCAAAAACACAGUCAUGUGAGGUCGUGUGUUUUUAAACAGACAUUUUUAAGUCCCAUGAUUUGUGUACUCAUUGAAAAGGACAUUAGACAUCCAUUAAUGUAUAAACUGGCAUAGAAAUGUCUCCCCAACAUAUUCACUGUUGCUCAUCAGAAGAAUACAUUUUCUUUUCAGUGUUACUGGCUUGUUAUUCACAUUGCACACUAUGACUACAACCUGCAAGAAAAGUCCAAAUUAUAGUGUUUUCUCUUUUCUUUUCUCUUUCUACACUUGUGAUGUUGACCACUUGUGUAACUGUACAACUGAAUCUGAUCACACAUACCGUAUGUAAACUCUGUAAUCUCUUCUUUCUGACAUGAGGGGUUGAACUCUCACACCGUUUAAAAGUUACUCUAGUUUCACACUCUGUCCUCGUUUCAAUUCUAUUGAGUGAAUUGUAUCAACUUAGUAGUAAAGUUUGUGUUAAUUUAAUCCGGUUGUUUAGCGCAGUUCACACGGAAAGCUCAAAGUGGGCACACAGUAAACAGUAAAACCCGUACUGUCCUCAUAAUAGAAACGCAUGAACAUUUUGUAUAAAGCCCAUUUUAAAGGGGCUUGCAGUGCAUCUUUUCUCUUUUGUACACUGAGAUACUUCUUCAAUCACAUUCCUCCCUGCACUAUGAAUGUAAGCACGCCUUGAACUGACACUCUGAACUACAACUGUACAACCACAUGCAGGCCUACAACACUUUAAAGUCAGCUGCUCUGAGAUGAACUGAACUAACUAAACGAACGCCUCCCCUUCUCAAUGCCUCGUUUUUGUACACAGGGCAAAAACCAGACAUAAUGGAAGCCCAUUUCCGCCAAGGUAAAAAAAAAAAGAGUGCGUCAAAAUUACAAUCUCAUAAUUACUAUCACUGAAUUUUGACAUAGUAAUUCAUAAUCUCGACUAAUUAAGUCUAGAUUCUGACUUAAUAUCCAAUAAUUCUGACAUUGUCAGAAAAGACUAUCCUAUGAAUUUCGCCUUUGUUGUAUUUUUCAACUUAGUAGCAUCUUAGUAAAAGACAUAGUUUAGUUUCAUCUCGCAUAACUUUUCUUACUUUUUUUUCUUAUCCUGGUGGAAAUUGGCUUCUGUAAGACAAAAGUCACCAGAGACAGUCUGAGACUCCACAGACUGCUUUUUUUUUUUUAACGUGUGUAAAAGGGUCAAAAGACAACUAAACGGCGCAUUUUAUGCAAAGUUAGGGAGGGUACGUUUACGUAAAAUUUUCAUGUGUGAAUUCAGUUCAAUUCAAAUGAGAUCAAAUCUUUCCAUUCUCAUAAUAAAAAUAAUUAUAUUAUUUCCCUCGAUGAAUGCACUGCCCUUGUCUAACCAAAGUUUUGAGCCUUAACCCGGCUGACUAACAUCUAACAUUCUGUACAGUCCACCUCACUUUUAAAUAUGAAUGUUUGUCAGCAGUCCUCUCCUAAAAUAAAAUUUCAU